AUUGUAUUCGGGUCAGAUCAAGAAGUUGCAGGAGUGAUGGCGGCAGUUCGACGUAGAGGAGCCGCGCAGACCUUCAGUUGGGUCGGGUCGGACGGAUGGAGCGCGCGGGCACUCGUGGCGGCUGGCAACGAACCAGUCGUCGAAGGCACCAUUAGCGUACAACCUCAGGCUAAUCCUGUUCGAGGCUUUCGCGACUACUUCUUCACUCUAACGCCACAAAAUAAUUUCAGAAACCCCUGGUUUGUCGAAUUUUGGGAGGAACAGUUCCGAUGUCGCUACGCGGGAAGUCCGCGAUCGAAGAAUAAUGCGAAGUACCUCCCCUGUACGGGACGCGAGAGACUCUCCGCUGAAAACACAGAAUUUGAAGCGCAGCUGCAGUUCGUUGCCGAUGCCGUCUGGGCGUUCGUGUUCGCUAUUCGGGACAUGCAUCGGGAUGUGUGCGGCGGUAAGCCUGGCCUAUGCGAGGCUAUGAGACCGGUGAGCGGGCCGACUCUUUUGCGAUAUCUUCGACAAGUGCGCUUCAUAGGGCUCAGUGGUGAUGAGUUCCAUUUCGACGCCCACGGUGAUGGUCCCGCGCGCUACAACAUCUUACACUUUAAGCAAGUGACGCGUGGAGUGUACCGAUGGAUCCGAGUGGGUCGCUAUCUCGAUGGUGAAUUGCAACUUGACAUGGACGAGAUUCAGUUCAAAUGGGAAGAACCUCAUCACCCUGAAUCGGUGUGUAGUGCGGAGUGCGAGCUGGGCCAAGCUAAGCAAUACGUCGAAGGGGAGAGCUGCUGCUGGCAUUGCUUCAACUGCACGCAGUAUGAGAUACGGUCUCCGGUAUCAGAGACGGCUUGCAUGGAGUGUGCGCGGGGCACCUUGCCUGAUUCGAGGCGCAUGCAGUGCGCGCCGGUGCCGGAACUGUACCUCCAACCCACGUCUCCGGCAGCUAUCGGAGCAAUGACAUUUUCAGCUCUGGGCAUCUUGCUUACGAUGUUGGUAGGUGGCGUUUGGGUCGCGCGGAGCAGCACGCCGGUGGUGCGCGCGAGCGGGCGCGAGCUAUCUUUCGUCCUGCUCGCAGGCAUCCUCAUGUGCUACCUCGUUACGUUCGCCCUCGUGCUGAGACCGACUGACUUCCUCUGUUCUCUUCAACGGUUUUGCACGGGGUUUUGCUUCACUGUUAUAUAUGCCGCUCUUUUAACGAAAACAAACAGAAUAGCACGUAUCUUUGAUGCUAGCAAGCACUCUGCUCGAAGACCCUCGCUCAUAUCUCCGAAGUCUCAACUUCUCAUUUGUUCAAUAUUAGUAUCAAUACAGAUUGUGAUCGUGGUAGUGUGGCAACUGGCUUCGCCGGCGCGCGCCAUCCACCACUACCCGACGCGCGAGGACAACAUGCUCGUGUGUGACUCCUAUGUGGACGCGUCCUACACCAUCGCCUUCUUCUAUCCGGUAGUACUUAUCGUCAUCUGUACUGUGUACGCCGUGCUCACGCGAAAAAUACCGGAAGCUUUCAAUGAGAGUAAACAUAUAGGUUUUACUAUGUAUACGACGUGUGUGAUAUGGCUCGCAUUUGUGCCAUUAUAUUUUGGCACCGCGAGUCACGUUCCGUUGCGAGUCACCAGUAUGGCAGUGACAAUUUCUUUGAGUGCAAGCGUCACCCUAGCAUGCCUCUUUGCACCAAAGAUGUAUAUCAUUUUAAUACGACCGGAACGGAAUGUUCGCGGAAAUCUUAUGCCGUCGCGGUGGCGCAGCGGUCGUGGCGGCCGCGGUGCCGCACCCGGAGCCGUCUGUGCGGCUCUUGUAGGCGCUGCCCCAUUGCCGCGCCCUGCCACUACGCCUUCUACGGAUUUAUCAACACUUGAUGCUACUGAGCCAUCGACAUCCACCGAUAGACAAGUUCAAACUGAGGAGUUGAGUCCAACUCAGAACAAUGGCAUGAUUGAACGUAAUGGACUCUGCUUGGACCCGAAGAAGUUGGCGGAGUUGACAGCUGGGUUGCCCACCUUCGAGGAAGCAAAUGGUGCGGCACUUCGUCGGCGAGCCGCAGCGGAGCCGGCGUUACGCGUGGCCGUGGCGGUGGUCGGAGCGCGGCCCGCCUUAUAGCGUGUCGCUCGGCCACCGCGGCGCCCCGUGC